CAGCCUUUCAGCGUUUACCAGUACGAGAGGACUAGGCUUUUUAACACUCUUACGCAAAUUCCUCAAAUAUAUAUUCACCAAUUUGCCUUAUUUAGUCGAAGCGCGUUCAAUCCUCUUCUAUAUAUAAUCUCUCUCAAUUUCCUCAAGUUAUCAUCCUAUAAUGACGACUCACGGCAUCCAUGGUAAUCUUCUCGAAGUCACUGUUGUUAGCUGCAAUAAAUUGAAAGAUACGGAGUGGAUUUCCAGGCAAGAUCCUUACGUUUGUGUUGAAUACGGAAGCAACAGAUCUCGAACACGUACCUGUACAGAUGGAGGCAAGAACCCUACGUUCCAAGAGAAAUUCGUGUAUACACUAAUUGAAGGAUUAAGAGAGUUGAAUGUUAAUGUUUGGAAUAGCAAUACAGUCAAACAUGAUGACUUUAUUGGCAGCGGAAAAGUUCAAUUGGCGAAAGCUCUUUCACAGGGAUUUGAUGAUAGCACUUGGCCAUUGCAAUCCAAAACUGGCAGACAUUCUGGAGAGGUUCGAUUGAUUAUACAUUACACGAAUGCCAAUAAACCAGCAAACAGUCAUGCUUCAGGAGCUCCACAAUAUGGUCAACCACAGCCAUCACUAUACUCUGCACCACCACCACAUCAGCCAUCAGUAUCAUAUCCUCCACAUGCUUCCGGCGGAUAUCCAUAUCCACCAGCCGGAGGUGGUGGUGGUGGUGGUGGUUACCCUGCACCAUCGCCCUACCCCUCAUACCCACCUAAUGCCGCCUAUCCACCCUCUCCAUACCCACCUCAGGCAGCAGCUCCUUAUGCAGCACAACCAUAUCCACCAAAUUCAGCUUACCCUCCUCAACCUUAUGGAUCUUUUUAUCCCCCUGGUCCUCCUUACCCAGGUCAACAUCCUCCACGUUACUGAGAGAGAGAGAGAGAGAGAGAGAGAGAGUAGCUACUGUCCUAUCAUCCAUCAAGUAAUCAUGUAAUGAAAUGUCUAUAAACUUGCUAGAUGUGAUCCAAAUUGUAAAUCUUUUAUUAUAGUGGCUUUGAUCAUUUUCGUAAUAUUUUUAGAAUUUGAGUAUCGAAUUAUGUUUUAAAUAUGGUGUAGUGUUUUGUUUUUUCUUUUGUUUGAUAAUGAUAAAUAUUCUUU